GGAAAUGACGGAGAUAACCCGCGGGUUCCUUAAACCAAGUCCGCGGCGCGGGAGAAGCAUUUCUCUGCUUUGUCUUGAGUACGCCGGGUAGUGUACUUACUGUCACUUGCUUGGAUUAUUUUGAUAAACACCGGGCUUUAUUUAUCAUUUUAGCUAUAUAUACGCACAGCUACAGCAAUAAUGUUUGAGGCUCGACUGGUUCAAGGUUCAAUUUUGAAGAAGGUCCUUGAGGCGCUGAAAGACUUGAUCACCGAGGCAUGUUGGGAUGUGAGCUCCUCUGGUAUAUCCCUCCAAAGCAUGGAUUCGUCUCAUGUCUCUCUUGUGCAGCUCACCCUUCGCAGCGACGGCUUCGACUCCUACCGCUGUGACCGCAACCUGGCCAUGGGGGUCAAUUUAAGCAGCAUGUCAAAGAUACUUAAAUGUGCCGGAAAUGAAGAUAUCAUAACUUUGAGAGCUGAGGACAACGCAGACACGUUGGCCUUGGUUUUCGAGACUCCAAACCAGGAGAAGGUGUCCGAUUAUGAGAUGAAGCUCAUGGACUUGGAUGUUGAGCAGCUUGGGAUCCCUGAGCAGGAGUAUAGCUGUGUUGUGAAGAUGCCCUCUGGGGAGUUUGCACGCAUCUGCCGGGAUCUGUCCCAGAUUGGGGACGCUGUCAUGAUCUCGUGUGCAAAGGAUGGGGUGAAGUUCUCAGCGACUGGAGAACUGGGCACCGGAAAUGUCAAGCUGUCUCAGACCAGCAGUGUCGACAAGGAGGAAGAGGCUGUGACUAUUGAAAUGAACGAGCCAGUUCAGCUCAUCUUUGCUCUCAACUACCUGAACUUCUUCACGAAGGCCACGCCGCUGUCGAAGACGGUCACCCUCAGCAUGUCCGCCGAUAUUCCCCUGGUGGUGGAGUACAAGAUCGCUGACAUGGGACACGUGAAAUACUACCUGGCACCCAAGAUCGACGAAGAGGCUUCGUAGAUAUGGGUCGGAGAGAAGUGUGGCCCUUCUGGGGUGGCAGAUGAAAGAAGCGCUUGACGAUAUCUGGGGUGGCAGUUGGAUGUCUCCUGGUCCUGGAAUCUCCCAUUUCUUAUAUUUUAGGUUUCUACUUUUCCCCCUCCUCUCUCAACCCUCUGACUGUGAUUCACUGGCACUGACAGUAACUGGGGACCAUUUACUGUCGUUCAUCGAGUUCCUGUUUUUCUAGCAGUGUUGCUGAAGUCCAUGGUGUCCUGCAUACGGGCAGCUCCGUCUUGCCAGCGAUGCCGCUUGCAUCUUCACCGGCCCAUUAGUGUACUUUGAGCAUGAUGUUGGGGGAGGGGGGGCAGGGGGAAGCUUGCACGGAAUACAUGAGUUUUGUGUGUAAAUGUCUUUUUAUCUGAAUUCUGAAGCUUUUUGACAUAGUCUGUUGAUGAAAUGCACUCGUUCCCUGCUUCUCUAGUCUCCCCUGCUCUCGCUCUUAGAUUGAUUGCUUGUCCAGACCUGUAGAUAAUGUGUAAAUAUCGCUGUUUUGCCACCUGGUUUUGUAUUCUCUGUUUGUUCUGGAAUAUUCUAAUAAUGAACCAUGUGAAACCAUCUCAUUAUUUGUUCGUUGUUAGAUGGUGUCUUUGUUAAAGACUCUAUAUUCCACAGAUCAGCAUUCUGUACGCUUGCAAUAAAACAUUACAGUGACAAAGGA